AGACCACUCAAAGGGCGAGUCACUGCAGGCUUUAACAAAUCCCGGUCUCAACGUCUGCUAGAUCUGGCGGUAGAUCCACCAAAUAUGUAAACAGACGGCAUGCCGCUAGCAUCGGGGAGCAGAAGUAUGCGGAGAUAUUACCAACGGGAGUGUCUCAACGUAUGGAUAAUAUAAUAUAAUGCACCUAUGAAAUAACUUAUGGAAGACAACAAAGAUAGAUGACUUCAGAUGUUACAGUUUAUAUCGAUAUGGCAUAUCUACAUUAUCCUGGCCCUAACGUUGUUGUAGGCCCUAGUAUUCAUUCAUCUACCUCAACUAUUGAAAGAAGAAAGUAUCUAGAAGUUUACAUACUGGCAAAUGGAAAAACAACUUCGACUUUCUAAAGUUAAUAAUCAAAAUGAGGCUUGUGUUCAAGUCCGAGGAUUAAGGAGGCGUUCAGUAUUUCAUGAGGCUUCCAAAAUUAACUUAUGCAAUUAAAUCAUGGACUCUAAAUCUCAAAGAGACCACCAAGCCGAGGCACGGAAGCACAACGCAUUGAAAGCCUACUGGGAAAAAUGUGCAGGCAGUCAACGGGAAGAAAAGAAAGAACUCACGUUUCAACACCAAAAGACCAUCAACAGACAAACGAACUCAAAGUGGACCAGCGAUUCAAAGCCCGCACAAAACGUUUCCAGCAGCAAAGAAAGCAAGACGGUUGUAAGUUUUGCAAUCGGAAAUGUUGACGGAAGCAGAGUUCCGUCCCUUCACUUUCAGAACAAUCCAAAACCAACGGAAAGAAAAUUACAGGGGGAUAAAGACGAUCUACUCAGACGCAACUGUGUGUCAGCGCUUGAGAACCGAAACACUUUUAGACGGAGCGACGACUUCCAACGUAGACAUCAGGAUGGUAUUAUUAAUCUAAGAAAAUCUGGAGAAUUGGAUUUUACGGAGAAGAUAAAAGCUUUCAGGGCAUUAAUUGGAGCCAAGCCGAAGUCUGCUAACAGUCAACAUAGAGUAGAUGGUGCUGCUAAAGAAUUAGGUAACCACGUCUUGUUUAUAGCCCAAUCACGUGACACGAUCAACAUAAGUAAUGAAGAGGCGGAACUUGUGCAUAAACCAGAAUACAAUGCCAAAGACAAUCGUACUAAGAUAAACAUAACUGGCAGAGUGGCUAGAGAGUUGAAAGACUUAAGUUAUGUGUCAAAUAAAUCUGGUAUUCCUGAAGACGAUCUCAGUCAUCUCAAUGACCCAGACUUUGAUCACGUGACUUUUCAGGCUGACAUUCGCGCGCUAAAUUUUUCCCUUCACGAAGCAGAAGAUCAUGCGUAUCCCAUGAAGCAACCGAAUUCAUCAGUGGUCAAUCAGACGUCGGCUUUAGAAAGAAUGAGCGCAUUAGCUAACAACUAUGGUUCAGGUAAUAGACCUCCAGAGGGUGCUGUAAGAGAUCACAUGAACAAAGAAACGCAGACAUCGGAUAAGGUUGAACAAGUAUUAGAGCAGGAUUGGAAUCACGUAAAAACAAACCACGGCCGCACAAGAGUUAUCAAACGCAGUCGUCUCCGUGUCCCAAUGGACAAUAAACCUUUUUCAGAAGAUCCUAAACUUUUUGAAUCAAGGGAGCUAACCGGCGAGGCGCACGAUGAGAACAAAUUUUCAGAUGUGACGAAUACUCGUCAAGAACAUCCUAAUAUUAAAUCUAUAGUUAGCUAUGCUACAAAGUCUGCUCCAGGGAGAGAUAGAUCUGUACCAGCAUUAAAUGGUACGUUAAGAUCAAUGUCUACUGUACCUGAAACGACUAACAACCGCCUUCAACCCCUAGAGUUAGUUGAGAGAUCAAAGUCCGUAACGCCUUUGUCAGUAAAAGCAACACCUGUCAGCUACUCUGACAACAAUGGCCACAUUGACACACCUUUCAUGACACAAUUAAAAUCUCAGAUUAGUGUUCUGAGCGCCAGCUUGGAAUGUCUUUCAAGCAUUGUCAGCAACGUGCCCGACUCUGGUAGAAACACAGCUAGAUCUGGUUCAGCUGGUCCAGGAUCUCUGAGUGAAAGGUCUUCAUUAAUCUCCGAGUCUCCCAGUAAUUUUGUGGGUAAAGCUAGCAGACAUGCUCAUAAAGUUGUCAAUCGUAAGACCAGUGAAAGUGACAGCAACAGCAGCAUAUCAGACUCGCAAUCUAGAUACAGUGGCAGUAGUUCACUUAGACAGACUAAUGUCCGGGGCUUGGAGAGCGUUGAAAAUCUCAGAAUUUCUGACGGCAAUAAAGGGAAGCGUUUUAAUGAAGAUAUUGUACAUGAAACUGAGGCAACGAAAGAGGCAGCCAAAGCGCAUGCGUUGCCAUUCAAAAGUGAUGACUUAAGAAAACAAGAGCUGAGGAAAAUGGUGAAAUACAUUUACAAAAGAAGCAACUCUUGGAAUAAUAAACACAAUCCUAAUAGGAUUCAUGAUGAUGACACCGAAAUGACCAGAGAGUCAAACGCAGGCGUUGCUUAUUUGCACUCUGGGAAAUUAGGCGAAGAAUGUCCACAAACUGGUAAAACAAUCUCUACGCCGAAAGGGGAAGAAUUCACUAGAACUAUCUCCAGAAAAUCUCCCUUGCAAACAAAAUCUGCCACUGGGAAAAUUAAUGAAAAAUACAAUUACAAGGCUAAUACCCAUGCCCCAUUAAACAAUGUCAGAGAAAGUGUUAAGGAGUAUACAACGAAAGAAGAGAUUCGCAUUAAUGUUCAGAGCGAAAGAACAGGAAGUGAACCAAAGAUAAUAAAACGAAACAGCCAACCAACGAAGGGAGGACAACCCACAAGAAGUCAGAGUGAGGUUUUCUUUAAAAACUCUUUGAAAGAAGCGAUAAGACAUUCCCCAUUGCCUUCAAAGUCUAACGCCCUGCAACUACUAACAAAAGCCAGACCAAGAAGUGCUUUAGACGGAUUAAAAUCAGCUCCUAAAACAAUAGAAGUGCAAAAGAAUGUGUCAAUGUCUCGCAAAGACAAUAAGGCCAAGUAUCAAAAAUUCAAGGAAGCUCACAUACCAUUAAAAGAAAAGUUGCAGCAACUUCGUUCUGAGAUUGACAAACGGCUUUCCAGCAAGGAAAACUUGGCGCACUUUGUUCAAACUUACAAACUAAAAGAGUUGAUCGGAGAUGAAAUGGGCACUAAUUCAGAAGAACAUAGUCUUGAGGAUUCCAGUAGUUUUGAUUCAAAGAUCAGUGAGUCUACUGAGAAAAGGGACAGCGAUGGAAGUUUUAGCGAAGCUGUCAGUACCGUCACACAUUACUCAAGUAAUGACGACAUUAAAAACAAAGCCAAGGCCAAACAUCCAUUUACAGCUGAAGAGUUCCUCACUAGCACUCCGGUAAAAGCGUCAUCCACAAAACAGGACGAUGGAAAUAUUUACAACCAAGCAGGUAGAAAUCUUAUGUUCUCACACGCUCAUGGCACUUUCAAAAAACCAUCUAACAUUGUGACGUCAGAGGCAAUGAAAGAAAGACAACUCUUUCAAAAGUCGUCUGCUCCCGAGUCCCGCUUACCUUAUGACAGCAACAAAGACAGCACUCGUGCCUCCAAUGAUGAUUUCAAUUUACUUUUGACCAAACAAGAGAAAACUUUAAAUCUUGAUGACGAAAACGUGGUUAUUGAACCAGUGACGCUUCAUAGGUCAGGCUCUGUGGGCUCAAAGGCGCUGUCCGUCAAUGGGCGAAAAGAUAUUAUGAACAGAAUUCUUACCAAAAUGGCUACUCGCCAGGAGUCCGUGUCCUCUUCCAGUUCAAACACCAGAAGUCUUCAGUGGCCGACAGUUCCGUCUUCAGGCAGGGAAAGUCCAGCAGAGAGGCUACUCAAUCACCUAGAUAAUCCAAGGCAGAUUAAACUUCUGCAGAUGCUUUAUCAAGCUGACCCAAUCACCAGACAGAUCAUUAUGAUAAAGGUUGAAUAUUUCACAGCGUGGCAUGAUUUUACUAUUGCAUCUCGGGAACGCAGGCUAAAAAAGAAUAAACUAAUGAAACUAUCGUACAACUUUUAUGUUGUUAAUCUAUUAUCUAGUCACUUUAACUAUUGGAAAGAGAGAGCGAUGUUCUGUAUUAAAACGAGGAAAGCUGAUGCGGUAUUUCGCCGUCAUAUGCUGGCCAAAGGAUUCAAAGCACUGCAGUGGUCAGUGAGCCAGUCAAUGCAUUUACUACAGAAACUUCAAACCAAAUAUCAUUCCGGAUUGUUGCAAGAAACAUUCACCAAAUGGAAAACCAAAGCAAUGAUGCAAAGAAGGGAAAGAAUACAAAAUUCUUUUGAAAGAUGGAAGCAGUUCGUACAAGAAACACUAAAAGUGAGGUAUAUGCAGGGAGUGAGUGAAAGAAAUAAGCUAAUAGAAGUCUUGAGAUGCUGGAAGAAAUUAUUUAUAAAACACCAAAAGAUAAACAAAGCUAGCAGAUAUUUUAGGGUAAAAGUACUGAAGCAUACAAUGAAGUGUUGGAAGGAGUUUGUCUACAAAUAUAAAGUGAAGAAAGAGAAGCACCAGCUUGCUGUCAAACAGCAUGAGUCAACUUUACAGGACAGAAUGUUUCACAUUAUGAUAUCUACCUAUAGAACUAUACAGAAGACAAAAGCCCAUUUCAGGUAUCACUUCAUGAAAAAUGUGUUUCACUCAUGGCAAGGAGUGACUCAAAUCUUUAAAUCUGAAAGAAGUGUUGACAUGGCAACUAGCGUUGAGCACUGGAGAGCCCAAAGAUUACACCAUUCAUUCUUUCAUUGGUAUGAACAGCUAAGGAUAAAAAGAGCUGAGAAAAUGGCGAAUUACAGUCUGAGCAAGAAAUUCUUCAAACUUUGGCUGAAAACCUGGCAGGACAACAUUGCCUACAGAUGUCACAUUGACCAGAUCAUGUCACACAAAAAGUUGCACAGGUCACUGCUGACAUGGAGGCAGAACGUGGUAACACUAAAGAAGCGGCAGAAACUGGCUGUGGAGCUGAUAGAGAACUGUCACAUGAGGCAGACAUUUAACUCUUGGAGGUGUCUGACUUCUGCUAAAAGAAAUCUUAGGAAAAAAGUAACUAUGCAUCAGAAAGCAUAUGAAUAUAAAACCAUUAAGUCUAGUUUCACCAAAUGGUGGAAUCUUUACACGAGUCGAAAAGAAGCUGAAAAUGCCAAAAGAAUUUUCUCUGAAGCUUGUGCCAGGAAGAUGUUGUCUCACUGGAGGUCACUGUGCUAUAAAAGAUCAUUAAAAAGAAUGCUGAACUGCACACAACCGCAAAGAGAUAAAAGACUUAUGAGAGUUUAUUUCAGUUCCUGGCUCAACUCAUUGGAUAAAGUGUGCCAAGCCAAUGUCAGAGGAGAGGAUUAUCUAACAUUGCUGGGAUCCAAGAGGUUAAAGAAUAUCUUUAUGUAUUGGCUGCAAGAAACACGGAAAUUACUGAAGAUAAAACCCCUUGUGCUGCACCAGAGGAGUACAUUCAUGAUAGAAGUGUUUACCUCCUGGAGAAGUCUAGUGCAACAUAAAUCUGAAUGCAAGAGAAAUGUCAUUGUCUUUCAGCAUAGAGUCUUACUGAAUUAUUUCAACUCUUGGAAGCGUCAGUAUAAAGUUUGUCAGAUUGCCAAAGAAAUUGAGCAAAGGCUGUCUCAGGGACUUCUCCUUGUGGUCCUUGAUGGCUGGAAGUAUUUCAGCAUCAGGAAAAAAAAGAGUAAGCUGUUCCAAGAGAGGCUUAUCAUGAAGCAUAUUUUCUACCUUUGGAAGAACAAAGCCACCACUUUAUACACAUACAGAACUAAGCUGCAAGAAGAAUUGGAGUCAAACCUAUCAUUAAAGAGACAAAGCUUCAACUUGUGGAAAGAAAAUGUUCUGCACCAGAAGUCUUGGAUGCAGCAGUCAUUGUUACACUUUAUGGAGAGGCAAAGCAAUGUUUGCCUAGUGCACUACUUUCUGUUGUGGCGUAAGCACUUGCAUUCUUCCCUCAUUGCCAAAGCUUAUAACAAAACCUUCAAUGUGAGACUCCUGGCUACAUACUUCUCAGCCUGGCAACAGCUGACUGGAAGCUCUAUGACUGAGGCUGUUGUUACUUUUUCUGAAAGAAUUGGUCUCAUUGACAACAGGAAAUCCUCUACACUUGUUCCAGCCUUCAAUGAUCUUGAGUUGACAGAAAGUGAAAUUAAUUUCAUGUCACUGACCAGUAUAACAUCUGAUUUUUCUGAUUCAUUCAGUGAAAGUAUCUACAGUGAGAAUGGAAGUGAGAUGGACAGGAGAAAGUUACUGACUGUUGCCAUUGAGGCAGCUAAAGAAGAUCGUCUUGCCAAGUGUUUCAAAUUGAAGGAAACAGUAACAAAAGCCCUAACCAGACUAAUGCACUGGCCACUGUGUGUUGCUUUUGAACAAUGGAAAGAAUUUUCAGUCAGGAGAUCUCAGCUCAAAGCUGCUUUGACACUCUUGAAAUCCGUCCAUGUAAGAACAAUAACUGUGAUGGCAUUCAACUGCUGGAAGAAAAGUUUUGAUCAGGCUGUUAAGGCUAAUAGUUUGUGGAAACUACGUGUUCAAGAAAAAUAUUUUAGAUCACUGCGGGUGUACAAAAACUAUAGGAAAUACAUUAAGCAUCUUUCCAAGAGGGCUUAUCAUCAUAAAAUGUUGAAGUCAUUUCAGAAGUAUUUUCCUGUAUGGCAAAAGAAAGCUCAGGAAAAGCAACAGAAAAAUUAUAUUCUCCAUCUCUGGACCUCUGCUACUCCUAGAGAAAUGGAACUGUAUCACUUGGAAAACAUGCUGUCCAAAAAAAUCAACAAAGGAACAUUGUUUCUCUGUUUCACUCACUGGUUCACCAAGUACAAAGCUAUCACCAAAAUCAGAUGUGUCUAUCAUACGAAUCUUUCAUUAUGGGUGUUUGUAGCCUGGAAAAAUUGGGCUCAUGAGAGACAUAAGUUGAUGGUCAGGUCGCAGACAUUGUUGCAACAUCGACAGACCAAAUUGGCAUUUCGAAAAUGGUGUCAGAGGCUAGAGCAGAACAAAAAAUCUGAGCUUAUGCAUCAACAGGCUUGGAACAACUAUCUUAUCCUGAUUCUUCAACGCUGGCAGUGGUGGGCCAAAAAUAAUCACAAACUUCAAACUUUACAUGAUGGCUUUAGAAGAAAACUAUUGAGCCAAAAACUGACGGCAUAUUUUGACAUUUGGAAAUCAGUAACUUCUAAAGUGAAAAGUUUUCGCAAUAAUUCAAAACAGAAAAUUCUUUACAGAAUGUUCAGAGAAUGGCGUUGUGUGGUGAAGAACAUUCAGAGUGAACAGAGACUUAUACUUCAGUUUCAGAUUCACUCCUACACUUUAUUGGUGAAAAGAUUGUUUCAUCAAUGGCAUGAUUUGUUUCUAUUGAGAAAAAAAUGCUUGGAAGAGAGAACACUUCAAAUUGAGCAAAAUGCUUUGAGUAUUGCUUUGGUUUGGAGAAGGAAAUCCCAGAAAACUAGAGGCUUCAAGCUGAAAUAUUUAUUGGAAAGAAGAAAAUUAUUUCAUUACUUCCACCAUUGGAAGAGAUCCUUCACUCACAUACAGAUGCUGUACUGCCAACUGGAGGAUUGGUUCCUUCAUAAGCAUGUUAGACUAACAAAAGUUUAUCUUAGGAUCUGGAGGGUUCAAACUUUGGCUCACAGAGCCAGAAAGCUCCAGACUUCUCGUCUCAUGUUGACUCUAUUAAUGGAAUGGAAAGCUUGGACCAAAGUAAGUCGAGAAAGACGUAUCAGAGGCUUGGCAUUAAAGAAAGCUUUGCAGGAAAGAAGUCUUCACAUAUACUUUCAGUACUGGGUAGUAAUGACCCGAGUCAAGCAGUCAGUGCAGCAAAAUGUGGAGACAAAGCUGCAGAUCAGGAUUUUCAAAGCCUGGCGUAUCUACACCAGGAGGACAUGUCGCUUAAGGGAACUAGAAGAUUUAAUGUUACACAGAGUAAACACCCGCUUACUACACAAUGCUUUUGUAACUUUCCGGUGGCGGGCAGAGUAUUGCACUAGCCUGAAUGAGAUGGCAGAUAAAGUGGUCCAUGACAGGGAAAUGGCCACAAUGCGGGCAGUGCUUGUCUUGUGGAAGGAACGGAUCAACAACAUACAAGCUAAAAGAUGCUAUCGACUUCUUUUAACUGUAAGAGUUGUCAAAAGAUGGCACAAAUUUGUCACCAGCAGACGUUUGGAACAUCAGAGAGAUGAAGAUAAUUGGAGCAAGGCUGUCAGAUUCUACAACAAAAAACUUUGCAAGUCUGUGUUGACUGCAUUGAAACAGGAAGUCUCUGUGCACAAGUUGGUUGAGAAAAGAAGGCAGAGGAUGUGUGAGAGAUGUGCCAUGAAGUGGAAGUCAAGAGUAGAUCUCACCAUCACUGCUGUGGAAAUGGAGCGUGAGUUUAAUCUGAGAAGAUUCUGGAGUAAAUGGAGAACUGAAUACAUUAGAUGUAGCUCCGUCAACAACUUGUGUAACCAAUAUGACAAGCAUACACUAAGACAGAUUUUCAAAGCCUGGCAGAAACUUUGUCAGAAACAACCAAUGAUGCUGCUGCAAACGACUACAAUACCUCUGUCAUCUGUCAGCCCUACAGAGCCAAGAAAUUCUUUACUCCCUGUUCCAGUGUCACAGAGCAAGGCAAUGCAAGGACACAAGACCUCACACAAGAGUUGAUCAUUCAUCACACAUGUCUCACAUAGCAAUGUAAGGGCACAAUACUUCACAUCAGCAUUGAUCAUAUUAAAUUUGUACCAUAUUUGAAGCCAUCAAAAUGUGAGUUUUUCACAGAGCCUCUAAGAAAACAUUUCUACCUCUGGGCUCAAUAUAGAUUGCAUAAUUUUUUAAAUUUAAAUAAAAAACAUUUUGAAGUCAAGAAAAUAAGAAUAUAAAGAGGCAUUAAUAAAUCAAACACAAAGCCAUUACAUACAAAUAAAAAAUAUAACUUAUUACAUACUCACUAGUAUUAGAGCAUAUCUCUUAUUCCUUUUGCUAUGCUAUGAUAGUACAGUAUGUAUCUCUAGUAGACAAAGAAAUCCUCAAUGAUAUGAUAAGAAUGUAAUUUUUUUAUAAAGAAACUUACGAGAAUUAAAGCAUGUAGAUCUUUCUGGCGAUUGUACAUAUCAUGCAUUAUGCCUCCCUUAUUACAUGAAACAGAAACUGAAAAAAGGUUGAUGAUAUUUGACUACAUUAAAUUGUGACCUAUGGCAUUCUUUGUUUUGUAAUGUUGACACAAGAUAUAUGUGUGUUCUUUGUGUAGAAUAGGAAUUAAAAUGCUUGUUCAAAAUUGUUGUCUAUUUUACAAGAAAACAAUUUUAUCGCCCAAAAGAGGAAAUUAUAUCAUUAUCUAUAUUUCAUGAAGAUUGUAUGCUUUUUUAAAUUACUUAAAAACACUAAGAAUACAAAGUUUUAUGUAGAUUUAUUUUUAAACACUGGAUACUUAUGAUUAAAAUGAUGCUAUUUUUUUUAUUUUUACAAGUAUUUGGGAAAAAUAUUUGUUUCAAUCAAAGAAAUAUAUGAUAUUAAGAUUUACUCUAAAUGAAAAAAAAAACAUUUAUCUUACUGCAUGUGUGCUGCUUAUGAUCCAUCAGUGCCUUUGAGCAAAAAUAUUAAUAUAGCCUUUUGCAUUGUGUGACUAGGGGGGUCAGUCCUGAUCUAUGUUCACAUCCUUUUCAGCCUCUUUCCUGCUUCUGGUGUGUUUACCAUCUACCAUCAAUUGCCCUCUCUCAUUGUCCUUUACUUUCAAUAUUCUACAAAUUCUGGUGUGAAUAUAUAUGAAGGCAAAUGUUUUUUUGUUGUUUAAAUUAUUUAUUUUUAUCUAAGAAAUUAAUAAACUGUCUCAUUUUAAACAAAUGCUUAUAACAGUUGAAGUAUUAACCUAGAAAUGUAAAGUUAUCAAAAUACUUUGUUCUGUACUUUUGGUCUGGACUUAUGUAUUGUUCUAGAAGUACUUAUUAAAAGACAUUUGCCUAUCAGUUUAUUUAUAGAACAUAUUGUUUAGGAUUAUAUAAGUAAUUUAAAAAAAACUAAAUGUGUAUACUACUAAUAGAUUAUAAGUUCUUUAUAACAUUUCUAUUAUUAGAAAUGUAACCUUUUUAUAAAUGAUAGAUUUAGAAUUUGGUGAAAACUAUUUCCUUUGUAUGAUAUGAAUCUAAGCUUUUAAUUGGCAUUCCUGUACAAACUAAACAAUAAGAAGAGCUGUACAAUACAUUAUUUAUUUUUAUUAAAACUUUGUUUAAGAAAUUAUUUUGAACUUCAGAUAUUCUGUAGUUUAAAGCCUACAAUCUGUGAUACAUUAUACCUGUGAUAGAUAUACAAGUAUGCUUGUAAGACAGAAAUGUUUGUUUAUAAAGUUGUGAGUCAGAAGUGUAUCAGGGAAUGUGUGUGUUUAAAGCUGUAAGAAAGGAAUGUGUGUUUCUACUAGUAGAACUUAUUGUAACUUAUGACUAUUUCUUUACAUGUGAAAGUUAUGUUUUUAAAAGAACUGAGACUUUAGUCCAAUUUAUUUGAAUUGGAAUGUUGAAUUCACUUUUUUUUAUACUUAGUUUCAUUAAAGUAUUAUUUCAUUA